UUUUUAGAAUAUUUACCAUGGCGAGUAUUUGACCAUCUCUAGUUUACAAUUUACACAUCACUAUUCUUCUGGACGCGAUUUCGUGGGUUUCUUCGAUGGAAAAGCGUCUGAAUGCGGCUACAAUAUGGCUGCUGAUACUGUUGUAUGGGGCUACCACUGCUCAGGGCGAAAGAACGCGCGAUAAGAUGUACGAGCCCAUAGGAGGAGCCAGUUGCUUUCGCCGGCUGAAUGGCACCCACCAGACUGGGUGUUCCUCCACCUACUCCGGAUCCGUGGGCGUACUCCAUCUGAUAAACGUUGAGGCCGAUCUGGAAUUCCUACUGACCAGUCCACCAUCGCCUCCAUACGCCCCCUUGAUACCACCCCACCUGUUCACUCGCAGCAACCUUAUGCGCCUGAAGGAGGCCGGUCCAAAGAACAUUUCCGUGGUGCUGCUGAUCAACAAAACGAACCAGAUGAAGCAGUUCUCGCACGAGCUCAACUGUCCUAAUCAGUAUAGUGGUCUGAACAGCAGCACCGAGACCUGCGAUGCCAGCAAUCCGGCCAAGAACUGGAAUCCCUGGGGCACUGGCCUGCUGCACGAGGACUUUCCCUUCCCCAUCUACUACAUAGCUGAUACGGAUCAGGUCAACAAGCUGGAGAAGUGCUUUCAGGACUUUAACAAUUACAACUACGAGACGCACGCCCUGCGCAGUCUGUGUGCUGUCGAGGUCAAGUCCUUUAUGUCGGCCGCAGUCAACACCGAGGUCUGUAUGCGGCGCACCAACUUCAUCAACAACCUGGGCGGCAGCAAGUACUGCGAUCCGCUCGAGGGACGCAAUGUGUACGCCACCUUGUACCCCCGGAAACCAGCAGCUGAGAACAAAACGGAGAUUGUUCAUACGAAUGAAAAGUUCAUACUAGUUUCCUGUCGCCUGGACACUGCGACCAUGUUUGACGGUGUCGGUCUAGGAGCCAUGGACUCCCUUAUGGGCUUGGCUGUGUUUACCCAGGUGGCGUAUCUUUUACGACAACUACUGCCGCCUCAAAGCGCGCUGCCCGAUUCCCUGCGAAAUGUCCUCUUUGUGACUUUUAAUGGCGAAUCGUACGACUACAUUGGCUCGCAGAGAUUUGUUUACGAUAUGGAGAGCCUCCACUUUCCUUCUGAGUCUACAGGCAGCCCGCCUAUUGCAUUUUACAACAUUGAGUUUAUGCUGGACAUUGGCACACUGGACGACAUAACAAACAUUAAGCUGCAUGCGCUGACUGGUACACCGUUGGCUCAGAAAAUUCUAGAGCAACUGAACAACUAUGCCAAUUCGCCACGCUAUGGGUUCAACCUCAACAUUCAGUCUGAAAUGAGUGCCCACUUACCGCCAACAUCGGCGCAAUCCUUUUUGCGACGUGAUCCAAAGUUCCCGGCUCUGAUUCUGAACGCACGGCCAACCAACAAGUACUACCACUCAAUCUACGAUGAUGUGGUUAAUGUGGAUUUCACCUAUGCGAACACCAGCAAGGACUUCACCCAGCUGGCGGAAGUAAACGACUUUAAGACCUUGAAGGCAGAUUCACUGCAAAUGAAAGUGCGCAACGUUUCCUCUAUUUUGGCCUUGGCGCUCUAUCAGACGCUUACUGGAAAGGAGUACACGGGCACCAAGGUGGCCAAUCCCGUUCUGGCGGAUGAGUUUCUUUACUGCUUCCUGCAAUCGGCAGACUGUCCACUUUUCAAGGCGGCAUCCUAUCCGGGCAGUCAGUUAACAAACUUGCCCCCCAUGCGCUAUAUAAGUGUCUUGGGCGGAUCUCAGGAGUCAUCCGGCUAUACAUACAGACUGCUGGGCUACCUCCUGUCGCAGCCAAAGCCAGACAUUCCCCAAGAUAACUGCACCGACUUGCCGCUGCACUAUUUUGCCGGCUUUAACAACAUCGGAGAGUGUCGUCUUACUACACAGAACUACAGCCACGCCCUGAGUCCAGCUUUUCUUAUUGAUGGCUACGAUUGGAGUUCCGGCAAGUACUCGACUUGGACUGAAUCCACCUGGUCACAGUUCAGUGCACGCAUCUUCCUGCGUCCGUCCAAUGUGCACCAGGUCACAACUCUCAGCGUUGGCAUUGUGGUGCUGAUCAUCUCCUUCUGCCUGGUGUAUAUAAUUAGCUCUCGAUCGGAAGUCCUCUUCGAGGAUUUGCCGGCUAGCAAUGCCGCAUUAUUUGGUUGAUGUCACAACUGCCACAGCGACGACAUCAUCGCGUUCAGCUGCUCAUUCCACAGAUUUCUGCAUGCAUAGUCGUUCACAGUUUUCAAAGUAGUUAGUCAUAAACCGAUCGAUUGAAGUCUCUGAUUUAUGCGUGCCCUUUUAGGUUGCCGCGACCGACGGCCUGUUAGCCCGGGGAAAUCUGCAGGAAAAUCUGAAGUCAUGCCGGAGCUAAUUGGCAGCUGAAUAAAACAUAAAGACAGACUUAACAAAGACACUAAAAUGAUAUUCUAACUCGUCUUAUUUAAACCAUUAAGCAAACCUUUAUUUAUAUGUAUUUUUGUAUUUUAAACAAGUAAAUUAGCCUCUAGCGACUAUGUUGUAUCAUA